GUGAUGCAGGUAGUGAAAGAACAGAUAAUGAGAGCUCUCACUACCAAGCCUAGCUCUCUGGAUCAGUUCAAGAGCAAACUUCAGAACCUCAGUUACACAGAAAUACUGAAAAUACGCCAGUCUGAGAGAAUGAACCAGGAGGAUUUCCAGUCUCGUCCCAUUCUGGAACUGAAAGAGAAGAUUCAGCCUGAGAUCUUAGAACUGAUCAAGCAGCAACGUCUCAAUCGCCUUGUGGAGGGCACCUGCUUUAGGAAGCUCAACAGUCGACGUCGGCAAGACAAAUUUUGGUAUUGUCGACUUUCACCUAAUCACAAGGUCUUGCACUACGGCGACUUGGAAGAAAGUCCCCAGGGAGAAGUCCCUCAUGAUUCCCUGCAAGAUAAAUUGCCAGUGGCAGAUAUAAAAGCUGUUGUGACGGGGAAGGACUGCCCUCACAUGAAGGAGAAAGGAGCUCUGAAACAAAACAAGGAGGUGCUAGAGCUUGCUUUCUCUAUAUUGUAUGACUCCAGUGGCCAGCUGAAUUUCAUUGCUCCAGACAAGCAUGAGUACUGUGUGUGGACCGACGGGCUGAACGCCCUCCUGGGGAAGGACAUGUUGAGUGACCUCACCAGGAACGACCUGGACACUCUGCUCAGCAUGGAGAUCAAGCUUCGCCUCCUGGACCUGGAGAACAUCCAGAUCCCAGAUGCUCCCCCACCCAUCCCAAAGGAGCCCAGCAACUACGACUUCGUGUAUGACUGUAACUGAGGCUGCCACCCGACCUGGCUUCAAAACUGGAAAUGUUAUAACUGGAGAGAGAU